GAGUCUCAGAGAAGAGUAGUAGAUAGAGGUAGCUAGAAUGAAGAAAAUGGGUAGUGGUGGUGGAGGGGGAGGUUCUGUGUGGGGGUUGAGCCUUUUGAUUCUGGUUUUAAUGAUGAUGGUGAGCCAAGAGGUCAAUUGCAUCUCGUGUGGAGAUGCAGUAUCUGCUUUGAUCCCUUGUGGAUCUUUCUUGUUGGGAGAGGGAACUCCCAAGCCCAGUGCUCAGUGUUGCUCAAGUGCACAGUCACUCAAUAAGUUAGCUUCAACUCAUGCAAGCCGUGUUGCUGUGUGCGAGUGCUUAAAAUCUUCUGCACCUUCUUUUGGGGUGAAAACUGCAAGAGCCAAGCUACUCCCCUCGCUCUGCAAGCUCAAACUCAACAUAGCCAUUAACUCAAAUACCAACUGCAAAAAUGUAUGAUUCGGAGAUGGUGCAGAGGGCAGAGCAGUG